AUGCGUCUCAUCAACACUAGAAGCCUCAAGCUGGAAGAGUUCAAUGAAGUCAACCGGCCCUCCUACGCGAUUCUCUCUCAUACUUGGGGAGACGAGGAGAUCACAUUCCAACAGAUGCAAGACGACACGAGCCAACAUGCUCGGAAAGCCGGUUAUCAGAAAAUCGUUAGAACAUGCAAAAUCGCUCUAUAUUACGAUUUAGAGUACGCCUGGGUCGAUACCUGUUGCAUCGACAAGACAAGUAGUGCCGAACUGUCCGAGGCCAUCAACUCCAUGUUCAGGUGGUAUGAGGAUGCCCAGAUAUGCUACGCUUAUCUGCCUGGCGUGUAUGAUCCAUCUGACGGAGAGAUUGCCGUCGUUCAAAGUCGCUGGUUUACUAGGGGCUGGACACUGCAGGAACUCAUCGCACCUCGACACUUAGUCUUCUAUACCUUCAACUGGAAAUACAUCGGUUCCCGAAGCAACCUCGGCAAAGCCAUAUCGAAUGCCACUGGAAUAGAUGAGAGGCUUCUUCAGAAUGGUCGCGCCGAGGCCGGCCCGAUAUUAAGAAGUUCAAGUAUCGCCCAACGGAUGAGUUGGGCGUCUGGACGGCAAACGACUCGCACAGAAGACCUCGCCUAUUGCCUACUGGGAAUAUUUGACAUAAAUAUGCCUCUGCUCUAUGGAGAAGGCAACAAGGCCUUUACCCGGCUCCAAGAAGAGAUCAUCCGCCAUACGGAUGAUCAGUCGAUAUUCGCAUGGGGCCUUCGCCGGGGACUGACACAAAUUUUCAAAUUUGACAAGAGGACAAGUAUCCUCGCCCCUUCACCAGCAGCCUUUUCUGCAUCAGGGGACAUUGUUCAAGUCGAUACCGGAGAGGAGUCUGCACCGUUCUCACUUACAAAUCGUGGCAUUCGAAUUGACCUCCGCGUGAGGCGGAUUGGGGGUCAGCCUUACGGCAUAAUCCCCUGUGGACAAAACAAAGCAACGAAUCUCCUCAUGAUAAAGCUCGAAGAACUACACGGAAAUCGGUUCUUUCGAGCCAAUUACGCGCCAGUCGCGUGGACGAGUCAUCUGGUAUGGAAGCGGACACCCAUAUUCCCCGUGUACCUCAUGACAGUCCCUCCCCCAGAAAAAUAUCAGAUCCCGCCCGGCUCAUUCCUCGUCAAGCUCCUCUCCAGGGAUAUCGCAGUGUAUAGUGUUUCAGAAGGAUACACCUGGUCUCCAACAACAGGCGUCAUCACAAUGGACGAGCCAGAAGAUCGGUUCGGAAGGGAAAGCGAGCUCCGCCUGAUCUUAAAACCGAUACAUUGUGGGGCCAUUGUCGACUCACACUCCUUGACUAUCUCUGCUUGGGUCCGCCGGCCGUCCAGGUGCACUGGGGAAUGCGAAUGGGUAACCUACGAUGCGACAUACUCCAGUCUUGACAAGGACCUUCGAAACACAAGUCCAGAUUAUGGCACAUUCUUUGCCAAAGUCGAGAGGCAGGCCGUCUUUGGCCAGAGAGCUAUUGUCGUAGAGGUCUUCUCGUGGGAGGUACCGGAUCCAAUAUCUGAAUCAUUGCUAUGGGCCCGAAUGCGUCUCAGCAGGCUUCUGGAUAGAUGCAUCUUCGGUGUCCUUGGUGCCCGCGGGGCGUGGCCUAUCAUUCUACUAUUCGAACGGAUGCAGGAGGCCAUCCUGCACAAACCGCUUCUAAUCUUAGCUACCACUAUCAUUAUGUGGCCUGGCCGCGACUUCCGGUUUGAGUCGUGGUUGAUGGAGGGCAUGAGGGACAUUAUUUCAUCCGCCUUUGAGACCAAGUCUACGUUAUAUGGCGCAUUGUAUCUGCUGGCCGUUUGGCUUAACUUUCCUAUUUUUCACUCUCUACAUCCGGUUUUGGAGGUACUCAUUUGGGUUAUGCUGUGGCCCUACUUGUCGACCUUGACCAUAAAAGUGUUGUUCUGGACAUUUAUGGUUCCUAUGUUGGGUAUAAGUCGUUAUGUGUCAUGGACGCGAAGGCUUGGAGAACGAGGACAUUGA